CUUUUUAUCUCUCAAGAAUUAUUCUGAAACAUCUGUUUCUCAUUGUCCGCUUGGUAAUAUAAUAGUUUUAAGGUUGUUCUCUGUGAAUCAACCGAUGUCUGCUUCAUGUGCUCUAACACCGUCUGUUAGAACAGAACUAUUAUCUAAAAGAUCCACCUUUCCUGCUCAAACUCGCCGACCAAGGAACAAAUGUGAAAUCAGCAGAAGGGACUUUGCAGUGAGAGGAGGGAUUGUUGCUUCUGGAGUUUCAGUCAUGGGUUCUCCUCCUUCACCAUCAGCUGCUUCUCAGCCUCUUCAAGGUGGUGAGAGGUUAGCUUUUAAGCCAGAAGGAUAUAACUUUUGGGAAUGGAGAGGUCACAAGAUUCAUUAUGUUGUUCAAGGAGAAGGCUUGCCUCUUGUUCUUAUUCAUGGCUUUGGUGCUUCUGUCUUUCAUUGGAGGUAUAACAUUCCUGAAUUGGCUAAGAAGUACAAGGUGUACGCCUUGGACUUACUCGGUUUUGGAUGGAGUGACAAAGCUCUCAUAGAAUAUGAUGCCAUGGUUUGGACUGAUCAAGUUAUUGACUUCAUCAAAGAGAUAGUCAAAGAGCCAACCGUUGUGGUUGGAAACAGUCUCGGGGGGUUCACUGCUUUGUCAGUUGCCGUGGGAUUACCAGAGCAAGUCACAGGAGUUGCACUUCUAAACUCUGCAGGACAGUUUGCAUCCGAGAGUAGAAAGACAGAGGAAGUUGAAGAAACCGUGAUAACCAAGUUUAUAGUUAAGCCACUCAAAGAGGUUUUUCAACGUGUGGUUCUUGGGUUCUUGUUCUGGCAAGCCAAGCAACCUUCUCGCAUUGAAUCUGUCUUAAAGAGUGUGUACAUAAACGCUGCUAAUGUUGAUGACUACCUCGUUGAAUCCAUUUCAAAACCUGCAACAGACCCAAAUGCUGGAGAAGUUUACUACAGAUUGAUGACAAGGUUCUUAACGAACCAGAGUAGAUACACUUUAGAUAGUGUUCUAAGUAAGAUGACUUGCCCGCUACUGUUGGUUUGGGGUGAUCUUGACCCUUGGGUUGGUCCUGCUAAAGCCGAGAAGAUCAAAGCGUUUUACUCAAACUCAUCGUUGGUGCAUUUACAAGCAGGGCAUUGCCCUCAUGAUGAAGUCCCUGAAGCUGUAAACAUAGCUUUGUUGGAUUGGUUGUCUAAUGUAGUUUCAAAGCCAUCAUCCCCUGAAGUCUCAGAGGUGUAAAGACUCUUUUUGCUGAGGAAGUGUAUAGUUUGUAAAUACUUUGUUACCAAUACUUCUUGGAUUAUAUAAUUUAAUAUGAUCAGGAUUCUGAUUUUAGAUCAAAGAUUUAAACAAUAUAUUUUUCUUGAAUCAUC